CUGACGAGUCCGGUCUACUUGCUUCUGCGCUGUAUAAUUUCCAACACUUCGUGGUGGCUAACGGUAGCAAGUCAAUCUGAACGAAAGUGAACGUGCGGGCAAAAAUAAAAUCGGGUUCAAAAAUAAAAUUGGUGCGCUUGUCAGAUCAAAAAUAAAAAUAAGUGAACAAAUUCCGACAGAGAUUGAAAGUGCAUCGCCAAACAAAAAUCACUGCACCUGCUUCCUGAGUGCACCUGUUUCCCAAGUGACGUUGCCCUCCGCAGGCAACACGUACGCACACACACCUUUGGAUACGCGAAGCGAUGUGCCGUGCAUGUGAAGUACAUAUAACUUAAUGCCAGCCAAAGGGCCGUAAAACAAACGAGGCUGAAACAAAAACAGUGCGACCUUGUCUUGUCUUCGCCGGACUUCUUUUCCGCCAUCCAUCAAAGUCGGGCUGUAAAGUCUGGAGAUACGCGCAAAUCACAUUUGGAUAAAACAUCUCACUGGCUCGAAGAUGCUGAAGCACGUGCAAAUCUCGCCGCUGCGAAAUCGCUCCGAUUCGGUCUCCCUUCGCUCCUCCAGCCACGCCUCCUCGUGCGCCAGCUCCAUGUGUGGCAGCCCGGAGCCGCCUACGGAACUGCAAAGGACUCCAUCGAGGGCCUCGAGCUACUCCAGCCUGAACGAGCAGCUGCCACAGACCACCAUCAAGGUGUACACAAACUGCCUGAAGAUCGACAUCGAGUACAAGACCCUCGGGAUUCAGUGGGACACCACCAGCAAGGAGGUGAUUGGCCAGCUGCUAAGGCGCCUCAAGAUGCGCCACCGCGACCCUCGGCUAUUCUACCUGUCAAUGGAGGUGGCGGUGCGCCGUGCCGGGGUCAAGACCAUCCUGGUCCUGGACGACGACACCCGGCCGGCCAUCAUGCAGGCCUGCCACCCGAAGGGCGAGUCACGCUUCUGCCUGCAACUGAAGCCGGGCGGCCUUAUACGCGUCCACACCUCCGCCCUGCAGCCCAGCUCCCAGUACAAGUCGCUGGUCAUCAGCGAAGAGACUACCAGCGACGAGUUGCUGCACCUGCUCCUGGGCUGCUACAGCUCACCCGAGCCCGUCGAGAGUUUCUCGCUCUACGAGGUGUGUCCCGGCCAGGAGUGCCAGCGGAAGCUGCACCCUGACGACUUGCCACUUCGAACCCAGAUGGAGCGGAUGAAGCGGGGCGAGGGCUGUCAUUUCCUAGUGCGCCGGACGCCCAACUACGCCCGCCGCCGCCAACUGUUGGCCAACCUGAACGAGGCCAUUGGCCAGGCCGCAGAGGCGACGGAGGAUGCCACAAGUCUGCUGGAGCUCUCCCUGGAAUCGGAUCUGUCGCUCUCCGAGGAUCUGCGGAGCUGCAGUAGCCGGGACAGCAGCGAGGAUGCUGAUGACGGGGAUGAGGACGAGUGUGCCAGCAGUUCUGGCUCCUCGGACAAUUCCACGGAGUGUGCUCUGCGCAGGGAUUUCUACCAGACCACGCCUGCAGUGCCUGUCGCCCCCCAGUUGGCGGUGUCCGUGUCACCCGCUAGGGUCUACAGUCCGGUGUACAACAUACGUGAGAUCCGCACCGCCUCGCACUCGUUCUCCUCACUGGGCAAGGACAAGAAACUCCUGGACAUUCACAUGAACGCCCGCUUUGCGUCCGCCGGAGUCUAUGGAAGACUGAUGCCGGUGGCAGAGACCGAGUCCCAGAACCUGGAUGGCAAUCCCAGCACCAAACUCACAGCGGAGGUCGUCAACAACAAUCCGGCCAAGGGACUGGGCCACUUCGUCUACCUGUAGCGAAGCAAUUAGUCAGGAGUAUGUACAUAGGCAGGAGUACGCCGGUGGAUCGACACAGAAGCCCCAAAACGAGUACCGUUUGGACCAAAGAUGCAUUUAUAGGAUUAGCUUAAGAGUGGGAAAUGUAAAUAGAAAGUGCACCUACGAAUUAGAUACUUUAAGAUUAGUUAGGACUAGCCUAGUUUCUCCCACGCUACCAAGAUACUUUAAUGUAAAAGUAAUGCAAAGAAACCAACUGCUAACAAUCCCAAAUCAAAGGAGUCUAUAGCUUAACGCCUUAGUCGAAAACUAAAGCUUCGAUAAUAGUAAGAAUCUGGACAGCUUGUGGCUGGCAUUCGUGUAUGAACCAAAAGAUAUUGUAAUAAUAAGAGCUAAUUGUGUAACACCGAA